CUUUUUUGUUCCAUCAUUAGAGGUAGCAGACAGCAGACAGAAACACUGCCAGAGCAUCUCCUGCUACCAGAGGGAGCCAGACAGCACGGUCUUAAUUAUAAUCAGGGCAAUCAGCCGUACCUGUGCCUGGGUCUAUUUAAGGAGAGGUGUUCAGUCUAUUUAAGGAGAGCUCAGUCUUGGGACAGUCUUGCUUUGUUUUGCUGGGUGUGCAAGUGUUUAUUUUAUGUGUAAUCUUCUUUGUUACAUCUUUGUCAUUUCUCUGGUUUCUCUAGCCAACUUUUGAGCUCCUUAUGGUCUUUGUGUGUGUUCAAACCUCACAUGAAGUUAUCUUUCUUGCUUCAUAUUUGUUUUUGGGUUUUUUUUUUUGUUGUUGUUGUUUUUUUGGAAAUGUUUUGUUUAUAGGUCUAGGUAACUGCCACUAGCAUCAUCAGAUAAAUUUAGCUAGUUAACAGCUUAGCUGCUUUUUUUGUACGAAAUGGCAGACAUCACCUGAUUUUGGAUCAGGUGGAUCAGUCUUUUGAUGCUCUUACUUAUGAAGAGAGACGGAGAAUUAAACAAGAGGCCAGACCAACAGGUAAAACAGGACAGGCACAGAGAGAUAUACACAGAUCAGCCAUAAGAUUAAAAUCACUGACAGGUAAAGUGAAUAAGAUCGAUUAUCUCGUGACAGUGGCACCUCUCAUGCGGUAGGAUAUAUUAGGCAGCAAGUGAAUAGUCAGUUCUUGAUGUUGAUGUGUUGGAAGCAGGAAACAUGGCCAAACGUAAGGAUCUGGACGACUUUGACAAGGUCCAAAUUGUGAUGGAGAGAUGACUAGGUCAGAACGUCUCUGAAACAGCAGGUCUUGUUGGGUGAUCCCGGUAUGCAGUGGUUAGUACCUACCAAAAGUGGUCCAAAGUAGAACAACGGGUGAACCGGCGACAUGGUCAUGUGCACCCAAGGCACAUUGAUGUGAGAGGGGAGUGAAGGCUAGCCCGUCUGGUCCGAUCCCAUAGAAGAUCUACUGUAGCACAAAUUGCUGAAUAAGUUCAUGCUGGCUAUGAUAGAAAGGUGUCAGGAUACACAGUGCAUCGCAGCUUGCUGCGUAGCUACAGACCAGUCCACCGCUGAAAGCACCUACAAUGGGCACAUGAGCAUUUGAACUGGACCUUGGAGCAAUGGAAGAAGGUUACCUGGUCUGAUGAAUUACAUUUUCUUUUACAUCAUGUGGACGGCCGGGUGUGUGUGCAUUGCUAAACUGGGGAAGAGAUGGCACCAGGAUGCACUAUAGAAAGAAGGCAAACCGGCGGAGGCAGUGUGAUGCUCUGGGCAAUGUCCUGCUGGGAAACCUUGGGUCCUGGCAUUCAUGUGGAUGUUCCUUUGACACGUACCACUUACCUAAACAUUGUUGACGAACAUGUAUACCUCUUCAUAGCAACAGUAUUCCCUAACCGCAGUGGCCCCUUUCAGCAAGAUAAUGCGCCCUGCCACACUGCAAAAAUUGUUCAGGAAUGGUUUGAGGAACAUGACAAAGAGUUUAAGGUAUUGACUCGGCCUCCAAAUUCCCCAGAUAUCAAUCCAAUUGAGCAUCUGUGGGAUGUGCUGGACAAACAAGUCCGAUCCAUAGAGGCCCCACCUCACAACUUACAAGACUUAAAGGAUCUGCUGCUAAUGUGUUGGUGCCAGAUACCACGGCACACCUUCAGGAGCACGUGGCGACAAUCAGUACAUUUACAUGGACAAUAAUAUUCCGAUAUUAACCCGAUGAAGACGAUACUCUGAUUAAGAAACUACCAUGUAAACAGUGAUUUCUGAUUACCUUGAUCCGGCUAAAUUCAUAAUCGAAGUCAAUAAUUAGAUUCCUGUCAUCAUUAAUACUACUAAUCAUGUACGCAGUGAGUGUCACUGUAUCUACAACUCAUCCCAGUCUGCUUUAUCGGUAUCGGUAUCAGAAUGCUAGACCUGGUAUCGCUGGGUAUCGGAUUGAAAAUAAUCCAGUGUUUCCUGGUAACCGUUUCCAAUGAAGCGCGAGUGCGUGACGUCGCAGCAGCGCGGCAGAUGCACGCGGACUGGAAUUAACGUUAACUGUCCGAGCGCGCGAGAGACCGAGAGACAAUCCCGGGCAGGAAGAAUGCUCUGAAUACACGGACUUUCCCCCCUAAGGCGAUGGAAAAACGUUUCGUAUAACCUGCUCGAUGUGCACCAAGCAGCAUUAAGAAAACAGUGAGGCAAAAGUCCAGUGUGACUGCUACUUUUUUUACCUCCAUUUUUACCCACCAAAGAGACCACACCCACUUGUUUUCAAUUGGCUCGCAAGACUGAAUUAGUGAAUUGGCUUUUCUGCCAGAUGAUAAUGUGAAAAGCAAGAGCAGAGAUGACUGAUGUGGAAACUGUUGUCACUGACUUCGCCGCCACAGGAAGGACUGGCCGACGAAACGCCGUGCCAGAUAUUUUAGGUUCCAACACAGGACCCGAAGCAGCAGACCUUCCAAACAAACUAGCUGAUCUUGCUGUUGGAGAUGACGCUGAGCAUGGAGGAGAAGGUUCAUCCUCAUCAAGUGACGCAGCCAAGGACCCUGCAGAGGGAAAGGACCAGGCAGAGGGAACAUAACUUAACCCAUUACAGCAUGAACCAAACUGAACAGCAAAGACAAGAGAGACAGCACCACAAACAAUCUCUCCUUUAGCCUCCAUGACCAAACUACUGUUCUGGUCGCAGUCUGUGCUAUGCAGCGUCUUCACUGGAGGAUAUUAUUCUGAUUAAGGCUGAUGGAGGAGCACACCCAUCUUCUCUUGGAAAUCCUUCUGUUUUGACAGAAUCAAUAAAUUCCCCACCUGAGUGAUGUUCAUGUGGCACAAAGAAUCAUGGUGUCUGUAUGUCUUAGAGAACCAUAUGACAUUAUUUUCCUAGUUUUAAAAGGGACCACUUGAUUUAUUUUUUUAAAUUGUCACUAAACUAAAUGAAUGUCUAGUUUCUAUACAAAAAAAGAGAGAAAAAAUAGCAUUCCAUUUGGUUAUGUAAGUACAAUUUAAACCUUAUGAAUGUUGUUGAUCAUCUAUUUUGUGAUUUUUAUUUUCUAUGAACAUAUUGUACACUUUUUUCUGAGUGCUUUUUGUCAAAAUGAGUAAAUAUGGAACUGUCAAUGUUGAAAGUUACACUUCAUGUCAUUGUAUUGAAAGUACUGUAGGCGUCAGUUUUCACUGAUUUGGUGGUGUCAUGAUUUUUCUUUCCUUUUUUUCCCCCCUCUGUGCUCUCAAAAGCAAAACCUAAAGAAAAUACAUACAUGAAGAUGGUGCGUUCGAAUACAUUUUUCACUCUGGUUAUGCUUUGCAAAAAUCAAAUGCGUUGUUUCAACCACAUUGUUGUCUGUUGCGCCGAUGUGAAAUAAACUCUGCACUUAGUU